AUGGAUAUGGAGGAGGACGCCUCAGCUCCACAGGAACACAAUGAUGAGAAUCCGGCAACAAAAAAGGUGAAAAAUAGAGAAGAUCCACAAACAGAAAUUCCUCCAGGGCUUUCGUUUAAGGCAGCUGUCACAAAACAGCUGAAUGGCAAAUUCACCAGUCCUCUUAGGGAGCAAAUCAAUGUGUAUGAUGACGAGGUAAUACACGAGAUUGUGGACGGGGUUGCAUCUGUGAGAUUCUUACCUCCGGUUCAAGUACGAAUGAAGGAGGCUAUGGGCUUCUCAGUUGUUGUUAGCCCUCUAGGUUGCACAGUUGGGUACACAAAGCUCUACAACAGACUCAAGCUACUUUGGCAACCAAAAGGAGCAAUGGAAGUAGCUGAUGCUGUUAAUGGGCAUUACGUGGUCAGGUUGAGUGAUGAAGAAGACUACAACAAAGCAAUACUAAACGGUCCGUGGACAAUCGGAACAGCUUAUCAAACAAAAUACCUUCGAGUCUACCCAUGGACUUUGAAAUUCAAUGCCAAAACAGAGGAUUUGUCAGCGGUAGCAACGUGGAUACCAAUUCCGGAGCUUCCAAUUCAAUAUUUCCACAAGGACAUAUUGAGGAAUGUUGUCAAAUCAAAUGGGGGUCUUCAUCAAGGCGGAUCAACAUACCUUGGCGGCAGAAAGAGCUAA